AUGUCCGAUUUAAAGUCGCUGGUUGAUGAAUGGCUUUGUUUGGAUCCCAACGAGGAGACUCGGCGCGAAAUCGAGCUUUUAGUUGAAGCGGGAAAUACUGCAGAGCUGGAGAAGAGGAUGAGCCCUCGCAUUGAGUUUGGCACUGCAGGCCUUCGUGGACGAAUGGAAGCAGGGUGGGCUCGCAUGAACGACCUCAUCAUCAUUCAGGCGUCUCAGGGGCUAUGUGCGUACGUGCUGGAGCAUGUCAAGGACGCACGAUCUCGCGGUGUUGUUGUCGGAUAUGAUCACAGGUACCACUCUGAGAAGUGGGCGAAGCUGACUGCGGCAGUCUUCAUUGACCAGCAAGUGCCCGUAUACUUCCACGACGGUGUCGUCCAUACGCCCUUGGUGCCUUUCACAGUGAGAGCCAAGCAGGCAGCUGCAGGUGUGAUGAUCACCGCUAGCCAUAAUCCGAAGCUAGACAAUGGCUACAAGGUUUACUGGGAGAACGCGGUUCAGAUCAUCGAACCACAUGACAAGGGCAUCUCCCAAUCUAUUAGGAAGAAUACUAAACCUCGCCCGCUCAAAAUCGACUCGCUAGCAAGCUCUCCACUUCUGAGGAAGUAUGAUUACUCUGCGUAUCUCGAAUACAUCGGGUCACUAUCAUUUUCUCGCUCUCUCAACGCUCAGAGUAAACUAAAGUUCGUCAACACCUCGAUGCACGGCGUGAGCGACGCAACAAUGUCCAAAGCAUUCGAACUUUUCGGGUUCCCUCCGUAUAUCCCCGUUGCGGCGCAGCGGAAUCCGGAUCCUGACUUCCCCACUGUCAAGUUCCCGAAUCCGGAAGAGAAGGGUGCCCUGGACCUGGCCAUUGUCACCGCAACUGAGCAUGGAGCCGACUACAUUCUGGCCCAAGAUCCCGACUCGGAUCGCUUCGCUGCAGCAGAGAGAGGACCGGAUGGAAAGUGGAUCCAAUUCACGGGCGACCAGCUGGGCACGCUUUUCGCUAGCGCUACCCUCGACAAGUACAAGACGACCGGCGAGCCUCUAUCGAAACUUGCAAUGGUCGCCUCGACAGUGAGCUGGAAGAUGAUCGAGGCAAUAGCGCACGCGGAGGGCUUCAAGUUCGCGGAAUGCCUGACAGGGUUCAAGUACAUCGGCAACACCGCCCUGAACCUGGUCCAGGAGGGCUUCGAGGUGCCUUUCGGCUACGAAGAAGCGAUCGGCUUCAUGUUCGGCUCAGACCUGCGCGACAAGGACGGCGUCGCCGCCUCCGUCGUGUUCGCCGAGUUCGCCGCCUCGCUCCAGAGGCAGGGCAAGACCGCCAGCUCCCAUCUGCACGAGCUCUACGAGCGAUACGGUUUCUUCCAGGCGAGUACCAGCAACUCCUACUUCAUCUGCACCGAGCCGCGCACAAUCGACGCCAUCUUCGCGCGCAUUCGCAAUUUCGGCGGCUCCUCCGCCGCCGGCAGCACGCCCAGCUACCCCAAGACCCUCGCCGGGCUCACGAUCACGAGCGUGCGCGACCUGACCGUCGGGUACGACAGCGCGAAACCGCCGACGUACAAGCCCGCGCUGCCGCUCUCCUCCGGGCACAUGAUCCAGUUCCGCGCGGAGAGCAGGGCGGACGGGACGAGGAUCACUCUGACCACGCGGACGAGCGGGACGGAGCCGAAGAUCAAGUACUAUCUCGAGGGCAGCGGCAAGGACGCCGCUGCGGUCGCGCAGCUCUUGCCCAAGGUCGUGCAGGAGCUGUCCGACGUGUGGAUGGAGGCGGAGAAGAACGGUCUGGGCAGGCCGUAAAGGUGACGAUGACGGGAACAAUCACUGCCGGACAGAUACACGAUUGGAGUGUGGGUUGUUACAAGAAGCAGAGCAAAUACAGCAUUUCUACAUCUUUGAGGGCAAAUCACGGCGUGAGCUCACGCUACCAGAGCCCUCCGUUGAUCGUCGAACGCCUUGGCUCGCUGCCAGGUUUCCACGCUGAGUGUGGGUUCGUGCAGGGAGAGCGCAUAUAGUUUCGAGACGGUCAUCCAUCGGAUGAGAUCGUCGGGUGUGACGCUCCGAUCGUCCUGCCUCGCGCUGACAAACUGCGCCUGGAUAUGCUCGGACGUCCCCUCCGGCACGACGACCGUCCCGCCCCGCGCGCCCACCACUAGAUCCCUGAACGCGUCCAGCUUCUCCCUCGGCGGCACCUUCACCGCCUCCCUGGGCUUGUACAGCGCCGCGACGGCCGCGGGGCUCGCGCGGAGCGGGACGCUGAGCUCCGCGCGGAAGAACGCGCUCCUGCGGCCCUCGGCGAGGACGACGCAGGCGAUAUCGGUCGGGAACGCGAACCGGCUGAAGGGGAAGACGUACGCGAGCGUCUGCGCGUCCAUCACCUCCUGCAGCGCGCGUACGUUCAGCACGCCUCUUUCGAGCAGCUGGCCCUCGCGCACGCCGCCCUCUGAGACGAGGAGCACGGUGCCCUGCGGCAGCUGGAGGACGCCCGCGUGGAGGUCCUCGUCCUUGCUCUCCGGCGUGAAGGUGCUCUUGUUCAGGCUGUCCAGCGACAGCGAGAGCGUGUGUGAGAGCGGCAGCAGCAGGCCGAGUACGGCUGACAGCGUCGGCAGGGGCGCUGCCGACCACGGCGCGGUCGACGGCACGGGCGGCGGCGGAGGAAAGUGCGAGACGACGAGAGGCGGAGGGAGCAGAGGCGGGUGACGGGAUUGGACUCUGGCGAUGCACGAGAGCAGGAUCCAUUCUGCCGCAUGGCGGUCUCCUCCAAGGGCCUCGUCGGCGAUCCACGCGAUGAGCUCUUCACGGAUCUGGGCCGUAUCUUCUGCUGGCGUCGCCGGCGAGUUGGACGAGAUGCUCAAUAGCACACCGUCUCGAUUCGAGCGGGAGACACGCGGGAAGGGUCGAGGUACGACGUUCGGCGCGUGCGAUUUUGUGAAGAGGACGUGGAGGGUCGGUGCGUCUGCGAGGAUGUCUUGUGUUCGGUCCAAGCCACACGGUUCCGUGGAGAGAAUGCCGACAAAGGUCACGACAUCGGAAGCCUUGAAAGACUCGACAUUCUCGCGUUCGUAGAGCUUAAUCUGUAUGCCAACAUGUCCGAGCUCGGGGUGGGGGUACUUGUAGGCCCUCGAGGAAGAUGGGGAGGGAGAGUCCGUCUGGGUGGCUGGGGUAUUGCUUCCAUCCAUCUCCUCCACGCACCAGUCGGACUCGGCAGGUACGCUAGUGGCCCAGAGGACAUUGCACUCGCGGAGGUUAGCGUAGUCGACGUCGGUCGCACUGGAGCUGCUUGCGCUCUCUGGCUCGUAUAUUCCCCAGCCGCCGCAUGUGCCAUCGCUAUGCUUGGCCAAGUACAUCUCCGUGGACAGAGACGUGUCCUGGACCAUAGCACGGAAACGGACCAAGGCGCGGUCGCGGAAGGUUUCUGGCGGACGGUGGACGUUCAACGCAGGAAUCUUCUUGAACGCGUUAGGCGACUCGAAGAGUUUUGCGAAGUGCUCGGCCACCAAGCGAGGGAAGUCGAGCGAGAUAGCAUGUGCUCGAUAUAGUUCCUGCACGACAACGGUCGGGUCCUCAACGGCCUGCGUGCGGUAGUCUGCGGUCAUGGUGAGCAGAGCAGCGUGCAGAGGACGAAAGGCGGAGGGAAAUCGAGACAGCGCGGACGACUUGAGUGAAGGACGCGGUCC